CCUCUAGAGAGAUUUCGAAUUAAAUUCUGUUGGCAACACCAUUACAAUUAGAACGCGAUUUUCACAAGCAACCGGAGUGACAUUUCAUUUUUUUGUAUUUUCUCCUGAAUAAAUAAUUAACUGCAAAAAUGAGUUUUGGUUACUCUACCGUAAAAGCAGUGCCUGAUUUUAAUGAUGAAUUUGGCAUGGGCGAUAAUUAUGGAAUCAAAAGUCCAAUGCUUCAGGGUUUGGGUGCAACAAGGAAACAAUUAGGAUUUAAUCAUCCUUUGGAAGCUUCCGAAAAAGUGUUUCACAAAAAUAAACAACACAUGGAAAUGACAAUGCUUCGAAAUGCUCAAGGUUUACAUGCACCAAUGCGAUUGGCAAUGGAAAUUAAAGCCUCAGAAAAAAUAGGCAGACUUCCAUUUUUACCAUCGUCAAUGGCAUUGAGAGAUUCACUUCUUGGAAGGGACAUCGAAAUCAGUUUUGAUGACAUUUUGAAUACUUCGGAAUUCAGAGAACAAAUGGGACAACCACAUGCGGUUGUAGAAAAAAGUCUUGGAAUUUUGUAAAGAAUAGACGUUUAUUUAUUUUCUGUUUUUUUUUCCGUCGUCACUAAUUUUUUUAUUUUCUUUGCGAAAUAAAGGUAAGAUAAAAAUAUUUAGUCUCUAAUAUUCCAUGUGAAUAAACAAAAAUUUAAAACUUUCAA